GAAACUUUGUCUGAAUCAGGCGACGUUUCAGCCAAUCAGCUCAGUCGGACACGCAGCUGAGAAUUUUGUGAACUUUGACUUCUCUUGAUAAAACGCCUUUUCGCCAAGCGGGUGAAAGUUGAUGGACCUGUUCCAAUCUGAAAAACCUGACGUUGAAUCAGAUGUAAGAUAUAAUCUACCUUUUUCAUUCCACCAGAGAGGUUCCAUCUGGCAGGAGCCCCAAUAUUUAUAUUUCACAAAAAGGCAAAUCAAUACAGCUAAUCUGAGCUAACCUCCAAGCGUCCAGACAGCAGAGCAGGAAUUAUGUUUUGAGUUAUGCUUUAAAACUCACACCUGCACUUCAUUUGGUCAAUCAACAUGUAAGAAAUAAUAGUGGAAAUCAGUACUUUAAUAAUACAAUAUAUAGCUUCAGAUAAUGGUGCUAAUUUUUAAUACAAGACAAAUCAACUGCAAAGAGACAGAACUGCUAGAAAGAUGACAAAAGAUUAAAAAGAGCAAUGCAAAGAUGCAAAAUGACUCAAUAUAACUUCAAAAAGAUGCGAAACAAAGACAAAAAGACAGCAACGGCUACAAAAAGGUGCAAAAGGACUACAAAGGUGAAGACAAAGAGAUACUAUAUAGCUGCCAAAAUGUGCAAAAUGAUGAGAAAGAUGCACAAAAUGAAAACAAAAAGACCAAUUUCAUGAAACAGCUUCAACAAAGAUGUAAAACAUUGAUACAAAGCUGCCAAUUGGCAAUAACAAGAUAUAAAAUACAGACAAAGAGACACCAAAAGGGUGCACCAAAGGGGAUCAUGAUUUCCAGAGUGUGCCUUUAAAGCUGUGAUGGUUCAAGAGUUGUACAAUAUUAUGUCUCAUCACAGGUUGAAGAAAGUGAGAAUAAAUCACAAUCAAGAAGCUGAAGAAACCUCCAUCUGUAAAUCUGCAUAAAUUGAUUAGCUUGUCACAUUAUCACUCAGCAUGUAUGUUUGUGUUUGGAGUGUGUCAGUCACUUAUCAAUAGUCGUCACAUUUGCAGAUUCAUAUGUCGGGUGUAUGAGUGGGAGUGUAUUGUCAAUAUGUCCUGAUCACUGUCAGAGAUGAGGAGCAGAGAGAGAGAGAGAGAGAGAGAGGGAGGGAGGGAGAGAGAGGCUGGCAGGUCACAUGGCUCAUCUGUUUAUUUUAGAUCCUCCUCCUCUCAUUUAAAACCCACCAGGAGUCAGUAAAUCUGUCAGAAAGUCCUCACUGACUCACUUUGUUUCACAUUUAAAGCUUCUUUCAUUCAGCUCUUCUGGUCACCAUGGCGCGCCUUGCUGCUCUUCUCAUGUUAACAUCAUCCUUCCUGAGCUGCAGCACAACAGCAACAUCAGUUUCCAUAUUCUGCAUUUGGACUAAAGUUUCUCCAGAUGAACAAGAAAUCCACUACAUUUUUAUGCGGCAGGCCGCUGCAUCUCUGCGGCUAUACCACAGCUCCUGGUCCGGCCCGCGCGCUCUUCGCAGCUGCUCCUGGAGCGACGACGCAGCGGUGAUCCACAACUACUUGUCUUUGUGCCGGGAGCGCACGCAGGAGUUUUCAGAUCAUCCAAAUGACAAUUUCGAUUUGGAAUCCAUGUUUGUGGCGGAGGAGGAGCAGUGCGUCUCUCUGGCCUCUCCGGGAGUCGGUGAGCUGCCAGGAAGGAGGCAGGUUAGGAGCGUCGGUGGUCCAGAUCGAGGUGAGAGGUCAGAGGUCAGGAUCCAUCAGCGUGUGAAGCGCGGCUUCAUUGUACCUGGAACUCUGUGGUGUGGAUCUGGAAACAAGGCGCCAUCUUAUGCAGAUCUGGGAGUUUUUUCAGACACAGACAGCUGCUGCCGGGAACAUGACCAAUGCAAACACACCAUCCUGUCAUUCCACUCACAGUUUGGUGUCUUCAACACCAACAUCUUCACCAUGUCUCACUGCGACUGUGACAACAAGUUUCGUAGCUGUCUGAAGGAGGCGAAUGACAGCAUAGCACACAUGGUGGGAUAUACGUUCUUUAACCUGCUAAAGAUGCACUGCUUUGAGUUCUCCCACCGACUCCAAUGUACACAGAGAAACUGGUUUGGAAUGUGUAAAGACAGUCAAAUGGCUCUGUAUGCUGAGGUCCAUCCACCCACACUGUACACUGAGGAGUCCAUCAACCCAACAGAGGACUUCAUGAACAGCACUGACUCCAUCAUCAACUCAACCAUACCUGCAGAACUCAUGCUGAGAAGCACAUUGGAUCCACAGCUAUUCUCCAUCACUGCUGCUGCAUCCACAGUCCCCACACCUUCAACAACUUCAUCCUCUGCCUCCAUCACUCCUGUGACUAAUCACACCACCUCCUCAUUAUCUGGAUUACUACUUGAGAGGAGAAACCAUCUGGAGAACGCCAAAAACUCAACCGUGACUAAGCAGGAUAUCACUGAGAUUCAGUUGUCAUGUGGUAUGUAUAAGGACCUUGAUGAGUGCAAAGAAAAGAUCUUACCCUGGCAGAAGAAGUACGGUCUCUACAAUCCAGAGCUAAGGACACUGUACCACUGCAACUGCACCACCAGAUUUUUCCAGACUUUGGCUAAACAGAGACAAGUGACUGAAGUGCAGGCUCUUCUGCUGGGACACGUGUCUCAGUCCUGCUUCCAGCCUCGGGACUGCACAGCAGGCAGCAUCAGGUGUACAGCGGUUGUGGUGAAAGCAGAGCUUCCUCAGUUGGCCCAGAGCAGAGGUACAGAGGUGGAGGAGCAGCACCAUCUACAGGCAGUACAACUGAAGGUCAGGAGGCCACACUCCAGGAGAGCUAGGAGGAAAGACCGAGCUGUGAAGCUCCACAGACUGUGUCUCAGGAUGAGCGGCUUUAGAAACAAGGCCAGAACACAAAACGCACAACGACCAGCUGUCACAGAGAGAACUCGACUGAAUAUGAACAUAACAGAGCAUCAAAAUGUUAAAGAUUAAACAGAGAACUAGGACAUUAUAAAAUCUAUCUAUCCACCUAUCUUGAUUGUUUCAUGACAUGUUCUACCUCAGGUCCUGCAUUCAUGUUAAUGUUACUUUGACCCUAGCAUCCACCUACAUUGAAAAAAUUAUAAUUGUUGGACCAACUUAAAAAAAACCAGCCUCAGUUGGUAACACCCAGUUGAACUAUGUUUAUUGAAAUUAACCCCUUGAUGCCUAUUAUCGCGAAUUCGAACAUACCACUUCAUUCAGACUGCAGUCGAGAUAUCGCAUCCAUUCCCCCAAUGCUGGUCUGCACAUAUUCAAUAUGUACCUUUUGCAAGCACUGGUUUCUCGUAGGACCGGUCAGAGUGAGACCUAAUUAUUACAUAUCUGUUAUUAUUAUUAUAUAUCUGUUCUAUGUGUAAUAGACAAAUUAACAGUCUCCACUUAUUUUAGAAUCAGCUAGCAAGCAAGAACACACAAAAAUGUUUUUUAUUUAACUGUAAAUAAAUUCAGGUGUCAAGGGGUUAAGUUAGCAAAAUGAUAUUCUUGCCACUGGUUUAGAUGUACUUGAAACAUUUGAUUCUUAUCACAUGAACAUUGGUACACCUUAGUCUUAGGGAAAGUCAACUUGAAGUUUUUAAAUGUUCCAACUCAAAUAUAUAAGUAAUUGCUUUGCCCAUACAUAAACUAUAAAACAUGCUUUUGUCAUAACUCCUGUAUUCCUACUCAAAGAAAACAGCAGUUUAGUUACAGCAGAACAUAUUUAAGUAUAAUAUGGAUGUCAGACUCACAUUGCUAUGGAACAGUAGACUUCAUUUUCAUACUUUGUGUAGAGUUCCAACACCAAUUUAAAUCGACAAAAUGGAAUUUCAGGUUGAUAGAAUCCACAAAAGCAAAUGCAAAAGGACCAGUCAAGUUUCUCUGAAGCAGUUCUUUAAUUCAACUUCAGCCCAAAUAGACUUUUUACAGUGCAGUGAUGUCUGAAAACCCUCAGAAGACCAUUAAACUGUAAUCUGAGAAAUCUGUAUUUUUUUCCAACGACCUGUUUAGUUUUUUGGUCUAUAAUACUGAUCAGUGUUUAAUUAUAAUGGCCAAUGUCUUGUCCACAACCCAAACAUUUUCAAUUUGCUGUGAGAGAGGAGCGAAUCCAGAAAAUGUUCACAUUUAAAAAGCUGCCAUCAGAUAAUUUUGCCUUGAAAAAGUUUAAUAAAAUUACUCAAACCUAUUAAUUGAUUAUCAAGCUAGUUAGAGAUUAUUAGUGGACAGCUAAUUGAUUAAUCAGCUAAUCAUUUUAGCUCUAGUUUAUACUUAGUUUAAAAUGCAUUCUGGUAACAUUAAUAGAAGUAGAUAGCAGAGAUACAUUGCCAUUUACAUUGUAUUCAUCAAGCAUCUCCAUGGUGUCCAGCAGACCGUCUGCUGCUAGAAGGCCACAGGGCCCUGCUCACAAUUAGUGUUUCCACACAUGUGCAUUAUUGUUGUUGAUGCAAGCUGUAAAAGUGUACAUGUACAGGCUGUUACUGCCUAUCUUGCUGGGUGAGAUAGGUCAGAACAAGACAAAAAGCAAACAUGCCCUGUAUCAAUUGCGUAUUUUCUGUUAUGAAUUUGUUUAGGACACAUCAGGAUGCCUUACACUAGAAAAGAUUGGUAGUCAGAUGGAUCCCAGUCCAUCUCAGCAAGUAUCCUGUUUACACUAUUUAUAUUGUCCGCUUGUGAUCCUGUCACCCAAGACGUAUUUUAAAGCCAAGUGCAAACAAAAUCUUACACCCACCGACUUUACGUAUAUCAUUUGGAAAAAAGGAUUCUAAACAAACGUUACUGGAAUUGCAUAAAAUAUAUCUGUAUUAAAUGCAGUUACAGUGAAAAGAAGCAGGAUAAAAUUCAAUUAAUAAUAAGAUGAAUUUGAAAUUUUUAUUGAUUCAAAUAAUUCAGUGAUAUUAUUUUUAGAAUGUUUUGUUCAUAUAUACAUUAUGACCACCUGCUUAAUAUUGUGUUGGUCCCCUUUAUGCUGCUAAAACUCCUCUGACCCAGUGGUCAUGGACACAGGACCUCUGGGGAUGUCCUGGGGCAACUGGACGGUGGCAGUAAAUUCUGUAGGUCCUGUGGGAUGCAGGGUGGGACCUUCCUAGAUCAGGCUUAUCCCGGUACAUCCCACAGAUGCUCAAUAACACUUGGAUCUGGGGAGUGUGAACAGCUUAGCUCUGUCGUGCUCCCCGGGCCACUCCUGAGCAGUUUUUGUGGUAUGUUGGGGUGCAUUGUCCUGCUGAGGGUGGCAACUGGCAUUAAGGAAUGCUGUUUUUGUUGUUGUUUACAUUGCAUUGGAAUAGGAUGAUCAGUGUUAUUCACUUCACCUGUCAGUGGUCAUAAUGUUAUGCCUGAUCAGCGUAAAUACACAAAUGUCCACAUCUGUGAUGUUCAGCUGUUCAACAUAUGAAACAUCUGUUUAGAAAAGAUGAACACACUGGCACACUCAAUACAACUGAGCCAUCAUUAAAGUGGUUCGGUACACUUGUGCUUCUCCUGUGAGCACAGAUAGCAAUACAUGCUGGAAAAAAAGGCAGACUCUAAUGUAAUAUUAUUCAUUUUACUCCUCAGCAAAAUAUUCAUUCAGUAAAAUCACAGCUGCUGUCCUGCUCCCUACACUGUAUACAGAGGUUUCAGCACAUAUUUGUAAGUAUUUGUACUGCAUUGUACAAGUUGUUGACAAUUAUGUAUGUUGUUAGUACAGCAAUGAAAAAGGAAAGAAUAAUAUGUAAAUACCUGUAUAUAAGAGAAACAUGGCUUGAUGUUUGGUUUAUGAUGUAAGAAGUAACUAUAUGACUGAUUAAAUUUAAAAAAAAAUGAAAAAAGCUUGAGAUGUAUGACAAUAUGCUUGUUUGCUUUCUUGGGGUAGUUAGGUGAGAGCAUCAUCUCAAGGUUAUAGGAUCCAUGUGAAUGGGAAGCCAGCAGCAUUUAGCACAGCUUAGCAUAAAGACUGGAAACAACUGGAAACAGUUAGCCUGGCUCUGUCCAGACCAGAAACUAUAAAAUGUGCAAAUGAAUACCUUUAUAAUAGUUCUGUAAGAAAAAAUAUGAGGAGAACCACUGCAAGUUAUUGUUUGGGAGGUUUUUAUUUGGGACCAAAUGAUUUUUUGCAGGGCACAGUGACCUCAGGCACACAGAUCUACUCUGUUUAUUGUAAUGGAUAAAACCACCAUGUUUAAUGGCUCAGUAAUGUGGCUCAGAGAUUUUGCUGUUUCCCCCCUGCUUUGCUCUAGCUUCAUAUGUAGCAUCUCAUUUGUUUAAUAUGUACAUAAACUCAUGUGUAAAGUCUUUUUUUCCUGUCGUAUGCUGUUUUGAACAUUUUAAAAAAGAAGUUAGCUUUCUGUAUGCUACUACUAAUGCUAACAUGCAACUGUUACAUGUGUCUUGUUAUUUAUUGUUUUGUGUGUGUUUGUUUGACUAUUUUUUAGUAAACUAAUAAAAAUUUAA